AUGGUUAAACCAUCUGAACCAGAAUUCGAACAAGCUUACAACGAAUUAGUCUCUACUUUAAAAGACUCAACUUUAUUCCAAAAACAUCCAAAAUAUCAAAAAGUUAUUGAUGUUGUUUCAGUUCCAGAAAGAAUUGUUCAAUUCAGAGUUGCUUGGGAAAACGAUAAAGGUGAAAUCCAAAUCAACAAUGGUUUCAGAGUUCAAUUCAACUCUGCUUUAGGUCCAUACAAAGGUGGUUUACGUUUACAUCCAUCUGUGAACUUAUCAAUCUUGAAAUUUUUAGGUUUUGAACAAAUUUUCAAAAAUGCUUUAACUGGUUUAAACAUUGGUGGUGGUAAAGGUGGUUCUGAUUUCGAUCCAAAAGGUAAAUCAGACAAUGAAAUUAGAAGAUUCUGUUAUGCUUUCAUGAAAGAAUUAGCCGUUGGUGGUUUCUUAGGUGAAAACCGUGAUGUUCCAGCUGGUGAUAUUGGUACUGGUGCUAGAGAAGUUGGUUUCUUAUUCGGUGCCUACAAAUCUUACACUAAAAGUUGGGAAGGUGUCUUAACUGGUAAAGGUUUAACUUGGGGUGGUUCUUUAAUCAGACCAGAAGCUACCGGUUACGGUUUAGUUUACUACACUGAACAACAAAUUAAAUAUGCUACUAAAGGUAAAGAAGAUUUCACUGGUAAAAGAGUUGCCAUUUCAGGUUCAGGUAACGUUGCUCAAUACGCUGCUUUAAAAGUUAUUGAAUUAGGUGGUACCGUUGUUUCAUUAUCAGAUUCUAAAGGUGCUAUCAUUUCUGAAACUGGUAUUACCAAAGAACACAUCUUCUCUAUCCAAGAAGCUAAAAUCAAAUUCAAAUCAUUAAAAGAUAUCAUUAACGAAUACUCUGCUUUCAGCUCAUCUCCAGUUAAAUACAUUGAUGGUGCUAGACCAUGGAUCCACGUUGGUCAAGUUGAUGUUGCUUUACCAUCUGCUACUCAAAACGAAAUCUCUGGUGAAGAAGCUAAAGCUUUAGUUGCUGCUGGUGUCAAAUACGUUGCUGAAGGUUCUAAUAUGGGUUCUACUCAAGAAGCUAUUGAUGUUUUCGAAGGUGAACGUGUUGCCACUAAAUCUGCUUCAUCUCCAGCUGUCUGGUACGGUCCAGGUAAAGCUUCAAACGCUGGUGGUGUCUUAGUUUCUGCUUUAGAAAUGGCUCAAAACUCUCAAAGAUUAACAUGGACUACUGAACAAGUUGAUGAUGAAUUGAAAAAGAGAAUGAUUGAAUUAUUCAACCAAUCUAUUAAAUUCGCCACUGAAUACUCUAAUGAAACCAACAAAGAAUCAUUACCAUCAUUAGUUAAAGGUGCUAACUUAGCUGGUUUCGUUAAAGUUGCUGAUGCUAUGUUUGACCAUGGUGAUGUCUAUUAA